AGAGACUCCAACUAACAUGAUUCCGAACCGACCACCAACUCCACGGGCCAGAGAUUUCCAGCGCCGCCGUCGCCUCAUCAUGCAGGGCCGCAGCGGCUUUUGGCUGCGGGAGCAGCGCGCCGCAGCGGCACGCAACGCGCCUCAGAGGAAGGUUGCAGAAUAUCGCGUCAUCAGCGAGAUUUGGCCCGAUGUGCCGCCCCCGAGCCUCGAGCGCCAGCGCCGAGACGACGCCGCGCCCGAGCCGAAGGUCGUGGCCAACGGUGCCAACGGCACGAACGGUCUCUCGCCUCAGCCCGAAAAGCCUCCAAAAGCGCCGGUGGAAGCAGCGAGCGAAUUCCGGGACGGCGAGUCCGGCGACCACCAGGAAGGUGCGAGAGCCGACUUGGACGUUUUUGCGAAGAGUGAGCGCUUUUCCCGGCUUCGGGCGGCGGUGGCGCAGGACCCCAAGGCCUUGGAAGCCUUCCUGGAGGAGAUCACCAAGGAGAAUCCUCAGCUGAUGAGGCUCAUCAGCAUGUACGAGGAGGACUUCUUAACGAUGCUCACCGCGAAUUUGCUCGAGGCGAAAGUGCCUGGCUCGCCCGAGGCGGCCAAGACCCAGGAGCCCAAUCCAAUUCCACCCAAGCCCAGCGCCAAGCAGAAGGCAAUCUUGCAGUCGCUGCAGCCGACCAGCACCACGUCGCACACCAUCGUCACAUUGCACAGCCCUUUUAGCUGCGCCGUGUGCAAGGCGACCCGAGAUCUCUCCCUUUGCAGCGCCUGCCAAUCCGUGCGCUUCUGCUGCCGUCAGCACCAACGCCGCUUCUGGCCGAGGCAUCAGGCUGUGUGCCGAUUCAUUGCCUCCGUCAAGGGCGGCUUGCUUCAACAGGUGGCUGGCAAGAAGUGGGUGCAAGAGGCCUUACCUGAGGUUGUUGAUGUUUGGACCAGGUCAAGGGGUCAGCAUCCGGAGCCUUGGGAGCUGGAGCAACUGGUGCAUUUGCCCCACUGCAGGGUUUGCAGCAAGGCCCCGGCCACGUUGCUGUGCGAGAUUUGUUCUCAAGUGGCCUACUGCUCGAAGGACUGCGAACGCAUGGACGAGGAGCACCCAGGUAGCUGGCAGUGUCGCCAGGUGGCCGCGACUGCGCUGGCCGCGCAAGUGAUGCACCAGAUGGGUGGCGGCGUGCCCUUCUUCACUGGCCUGGCGGAGGGUGAGUUGCCCGAGGCCAUCUUCCACGAGGGCUGGCAGGAGUACGUCAACUAUGCCAGACUGAAAGGCCUCGACGAAAAGGACUUCGAACAAUGCCCUCCCACCGCACAGCAGAUCAUUAUCGACAUGCUGUCCUUCCCAAUGGCCGUGAUCGAGGCUUGCCGCUUGGCGGAGCACUACUGGAAUCAGAGACACCUCGAGGUGCACAUCCUCAACGCCUACGGCUCAGCGAUGGCGGACUUGGGGAAAUACGAGGAGUUCCUUCACCGGGCGCAUCAAGUGAAGUCCUUGGAGUUGCACUUCGUGGUGCCCAGAGGUCAGAUGUAUCGGAGUGAGGAAGCCACCGGCCAGUUAAGUCUUUGCCAAAGGUGCCAAGCGCUGGGCCGUGAAAUCACCUGUGUGGUACACGAGAUGCCAUUGCUCGACUUUAUCGAGGAGGAGAUUCGAUCCUCAAGUGAUCCACCCUUCCUGAGAAUUGCCUACAGCCCCGCUUUGGCGCGGUUGCCGAUGGGAGAUCCAAGUGAUCAAUGGGAAGCUGCGCUGAAGAGGUUAGCCGACCUCCAGGACGAUGCCCUGUUCGUCAUCACCGAGCGGACCUUUGCAGACAUGCAAGCGGAUGAGGAACGCAUGGAGGACUGCGGAUUUCACUGCGUGGUCCCAUCGCAGAACAGCAACUUCCCCAGCCCAUUGACACUCUUCGACGAGGUCCGAAGCGACGAGGAGAAUCCCAUCGGCUUAACGAUUUGGAACAUGAGCCUUGCAGCCUUUAAGGCUUCUGGAGACCAUCCUUCCCCGAAGCCGGCGGGGAAAGAGGAAGUCCUGGAAGAGAAGGAGGAACUUCCAGCCUUUGAGGAUGUGACCGAGGUGGCUUCUCCAGAGGACCUCUCCAUCGGUGAUCGGGUGCUGGUGCGCAAGUGCACACAAGGAGAAGUGACCGGAUUGCGCCCUUGUGGCUUCCCCAAUGGGGUGGAGGUGACCCUGGAGAACGGCCAGAGGAAGCACUUCCUUCCCAACGAGCUGCAUUUGGUCUCAGCUUCCAAAUCCAGCGGCGACCGUCCCAUCCCACAGUUGAACCUGCAGGAUCCUCGCUUCAAGCCGCUGGUGCAGCUCAAUCGGUCGUGGACGGUGGACGGGUCUCACUUCGAGGACUUCCCUCACCAGCCAGAGGCCAACCCCGGCUCCUUCGUGGUCUCUCUGAACGCUUGCUGUCAGGGCGGCCGCGGCUUCCGCUCGCCGGCGACGAGCCGCGAUGCGGAGCCACCGCUGGGGGAACCCGGUGAGUCGCGUGGUGGGCGGAGCUCUCCCCGUGCAACACAGGUGGAGUAGGAGUAUGAGUGGGGAGUAAUGAGUAUCUACAUUGGUGGAGUAGGAGUGGGUCCCACAAAAAAUGGCGGAGCACAUGGCGACCCCAGUGACAUCUAACUAACGUAAUUUGUCCAUCUCUGACACCAGUCACCAUGCGCAUGUUUUUCGCUGGACGGUUGUUUGGCCAGCUUCCGCAAUCAGUUGCAUGCAGCCGACAAGGGAACAGUCUUUGCUUCGAUCCUAUCGCCUAGCAAGUUACUGGGCAUGUUGGGGGGUCCUUAGUUUUGAAGCACUCCCCUGUUUGGGAAACA